ACCGCAAUCAAUUACGAAAUGUUGAGACUGAGAGUACAUAUCUGCUGUCAUUCAUAUGUUAUCAGUGAGCAUGUGUGCAUUUAGCCGGUCGUUAUCAUCUUUGAUAGCAGCUCAUUAUCUUAUAAAUACUAUCAUAUUUGUUGAUUUCGUUUGAUUUAAAAUACCAUAAAAGAAAGAAACACCAGAACAAGCAAGUCAGUCUCCGAAGAGAAUUUAAUUAAUAAACAGCACAAAAGAUAAGUUGUUGCAUCGGCCAAAGGAUUUUCAAAAUAAAUUCAAAGUGAUAUUUAAACAAAAAACAAUGGGUGUGUUUGGUGAUAGUUGGGCAAUCGAUGCAAUGGCAAUCUUUGUCAUAUUGCUUACAUCGAUUUACCUAUAUUUCAAACGGCAAUACGCCUACUGGGAUCGAAAAGGAAUUAAAACAUUGCCCGGUCUCAAUUAUUUGGCUGGCCACUUUGGUGCGUUGUAUUUACAAAAAGAGAGUAUUGCUGAUUUAUCGGUGCGACUCUAUAGAUCGUCAAAUGAGCCAUACGAAGGAAUGUAUGGAUUUUUGCGACGUAUUUUGAUGAUUCGUGAUCCUGAGCUAAUUCGCAAGAUUUUAAUCAAAGAUUUUGAUUAUUUCACCGAUCGUGGCAAUGAAAUUAACGAAGACUAUGACCCAUUGACCGGAAAUUUAGUCAAUUUACCAGGUCAUAAGUGGAGAAGUGUACGCCGAGAAUUAACUCCAACCUUUGCAUCUGGUAAAUUAAAGGCAAUGUUUCCCACGCUGCUAGAAUGUGGUUCCAGUCUGGAAAGUUAUUUAGCAAAAGUAGCUGAUAAUGGUGGAAUACUUGAUGUCGUUGACAUUUCAGCCAGACAUGGAACAAACGUAAUUGCUUCGAUAUUUUUUGGCAUCGAAAUCGAUUGUGUAGUUGAUCCAGAUAAUGAUUUUCGUAAAUACGGUAGUCGAAUUUUCGCAACAACCACAUGGAAUGCGUUUAAGAGACUUUCACGGUUUGUUGCACCACAAGUUAUUCGUUUUUUUCGUAUUAAAUUCGCGGAUCCAGGCGUUGAAAACUUUAUCCACUCACUUGUGAAAGAGAAUUUGGAGUAUCGAGAACGAUACAACAUUAUUCGCAAAGAUUUUUUCCAAUUGCUGAUUCAAUUGCGAAACACUGGCAAUGUACAAAAGGAUGACGAAUGGGAGACUGUCAUCAAAAAUGAUGGAAGUCAGAAGAAAAUGUCAUUGGAUGAAAUUAAGGCACAUUCCUUCGCCUUCUUUGGGGCGGGGUUCGAAACAUCAUCCACAACAAUGUCAUUUUGCAUGUAUGAAUUGGCCAAAAAUCCGGACAUUCAAGAAAGAGUUCGUAAUGAAAUAAAAACUGUAUUGGCGCAGCAUAAUGAACAAAUCACUUACGAGUCGGUGUCUGAAAUGAAAUACUUGGGAUACUGUAUUGAUGAAACAUUGCGAAUGUAUAAUGUAUUUCCCACGGUUGCGCGAAAAUGUGUGAAAGACUAUCAAAUUCCCGACACCGAUAAAAUUAUCGAAAAAGGUGAUCUCAUCAUAUUCCCAUCCUUUGCAGCCCACAGAGAUGAGAAAUACUAUCCAAACCCAGAGAAUUUUGAUCCCGAACGUUUUAACGAACAAAAUUCUGCUGGAAAAAAUCAAAUAAAUCGACCGUAUCUCCCGUUCGGAGAUGGACCACGCAAUUGCAUUGGAUUAAGAUUGGGAAAAAUGCAAGUACAAGUCGGACUUGUUAUCAUGCUACAAAAGUUCAAAUAUGAAUUGACCGACAGUCUGAAAAAUCGCAAGAUGGAAUUUGCAAUUAAAGGCACUAACGUUGCACCGCGCGACGCAAUUCAAUUGAACGUUUCAAAAAUCCAAAAGUCAUUGUGAAAAUGUAAUUUUUUUAAAAAUUCCACAAAAGCAAUAUAAUCUGAGUGGUGUUUUUUAAUCAACUAUUUCACACACAAAUAUUAGUUAAGUGUAAAUAUGUCAACAGAAGUCGAGAUAAACUUUAUGUGGGGAUUUAUAUAUUGUGUUGAUUAUUACUCUUUGUUUUUCUGUAUUUAAAUUGAUUUUGAAUGA